AUGAGAGAUAUUAGAUCAUGUGUAAGUGAAUAUGCAGUAGGGGUAGUUUCAGACAAAUCAUGCAUCAACAUUAUUAAUUCUCCAGAUUCCUCCACCCCUUCAAUUCUAAAUUCCGUCACGUGUUAUUACAAAACCCUUGUCUCCACUCAGAAACAAAUACCCAUGAUCACCAUCACCUGGGCCAAGAACACACCUUCUUCUGAUCAAUCCCUCACCAUAAUUUUCGGUAAAGAAGAAGAAGAAGAAAUAACCACCUUCAAACUCAACACGAAUCCACGCUUAUUCAAAAAGCUAAAAGGCACCAAAUCCAUCCAAUAUUGCCUCACCACCAAGAUCGAUAUCUCUUGGGAUCUCUCCUCCGCCCGCUACCAAACCGGACCCGAACCCGUUUCCGGUUACUACAUCCUUAUCACCAUCGAUUCCGAACCGGGUUUGGUCCUCGGAGACUUGACCCGACGACAACCCAUUUCGAAACCCGGAACAAAAUUCUCGCUGGUUUCCCGUCGGGAGCACUUUUCUGGCGGGACGGCACAUUACUCGACGAAGACCCGGUUCGGCGAUUCGGGCCGGGCCCACGACGUUUCGAUUCGGUGCAGCGGGGAGGAGGAAGGAGGAGGGGUGGUGAAGAAGAAUGUGGGUAACUGGGUUCUGAGUGUGUGUAUCGAUAAGAAGAUGGUGGUGAAUGUGAAGAGGCUGAAAUGGAAUUUCAGAGGGAAUCAGACGAUUUUCUUGGAUGGUUUGCUUCUUGAUCUUAUGUGGGAUCUUCAUGCUUGGUUCUUUCGUAAGCGUAAUGGUAAUGAUAAUGGUAAUGGUAAUGGUAAUGGUAAUGGAAAUGCUGGUGUGUUUAUGUUCAGGACAAGGAGGAGUACUGGUUCCGACAGCAGUUUGUGGCGGCUGGAGGAGGACGAUAAAACGACGUCGUACAAGGGUCAAGAUUGUGGAGUUGACUUCUCUUUGAUGAUCUACGCCUCCCUGUAA